AGUCUGCAUUCACUUGUGGUCAGUGAUCCGUAGAAGUAGAAGGGAUGGUUAUGUUCACGUCGAACAAUGUCUGUUAUAAAGUGUUUUAUUAGAGUGUUUCCGUUCAGUCGUAAGAUACGACAUUUAGUAUCAUAUAAUGCAAAUGAACUGCUUCCAAAUAAUUCGAGUAACUGGAAAGUAUCGGCAUCAUCGAACUUUCAACAAGACAGAGAGAGAAAAAACACCGUUCAUAGUAGGAAGGGCCUGGUCUUGACAGCAUGCGUUGGCAUUGGACUGGGUUAUGUAUUUCGAACAAGUCGUCAGGAUGUGGGAAUUUUACCUUUUCCCUCAGUGUGUGCUGCAGCUAUAGAUGACAGUGGCAGAGGAAAGGGAAAAAUGACUCCACGAUUUAUGCAUAAUUUCAUUGCUGAUAUUGUUGACCAGGUGGCACCAUCGGUUGUGUACAUUGAAGUGAAAGAUAGUAGAAGGACUGACUUCUUCAGUGCCCCUGCAGCAUCAAAUGGGUCGGGUUUCAUUGUUAAAGAAGAUGGCCUAAUCCUCACAAAUGCACAUGUUGUUAUUAAUAAACCAAACAGUACUGUGCAGGUCAGACUUAAAGAUGGAAAGACUUACAGAGGAGUUGUGGAAGAUAUUGACAUAAAAUCUGAUCUGGCCACUGUUCGCAUACCUUGUAAAAAUUUACCAGUGAUGCGACUUGGGUCUUCUCGAGAACUGAGACCAGGUGAAUGGGUAGUGGCAAUUGGUAGCCCUUUGUCUCUUUCCAACACUAUCACUGCAGGUGUGAUUUCAUCAGUGAACAGGCCUUCAGAGGAACUGGGUCUCAGAGGUCGUGACAUGGAAUACAUACAAACAGAUGCUGCAAUAACAUUUGGGAAUUCUGGAGGCCCACUGGUUAACUUGGAUGGAGAAGUUAUCGGCAUUAAUUCCAUGAAAGUCACAGCUGGUAUUUCAUUUGCAAUACCUAUUGAUUAUGCCAAGGAGUUUUUGAAGAAAAGUGAGGAAAGAAAGAAAGCAGGGGCACCUACAGGGCUAUCAACAAAGCGACGUUAUAUGGGCAUAACAAUGCUCACACUAACUCCAGAUAUUAUAUAUGAACUUCAAAGCCGAAAUCGUCCAAUUCCACCUGAUGUGACACAUGGUGUACUUGUAUGGAAGGUGGUGGUUGGAUCACCUGCUUACAGUGGUGGUCUGAUGCCUGGCGAUAUAGUAACAUACAUCAACGACGUUCCUGUUUCUUCGGCAACAAAUAUUUACCAAGCAUUGGAAACUUGUACUCGAUUGGAAAUGAUUGUUGUGCGUGGAUUUCAGAAAUUUAAGGUCACAGUUAUACCUGAAGAUCCCUGAUACAGAGGAAUAAGGUAUUAUAAGC